AUGCCGUCUACAAAAUCAAUCCGUCCUGCUGGACGAGCUCUCAAACAGCUUUCCCAGCUACAAAAACGCACCUACUCAAACACCCCCUCCAGCCCAGCCCAACCACUCACUUCCCCAUUCGCCCCCAGACAUCUCCUCUCAAUCGCAGACCUGACGCCCGCCGAAUUCAGCGCCCUCCUCAGCAAUGCUUCGUCCCACAAAGCCGCCAUAAAGUCCGGAGUCACACCUGCAGCCCUGGUCGGCAAGCUCUCUGGGCAGACCAUCGCCUUGAUGUUCAGCAAACGCAGCACACGCACGCGCGUCAGCACAGAAGCAGCCGUCACGUCCAUGGGCGGCCACCCCAUGUUCCUGGGCAGUGGAGAUAUACAGUUAGGCGUCAAUGAGAGUCUCUAUGACACAUCCGUCGUAAUCUCCUCCAUGGUAUCCGCCAUGGUCGCGCGCGUAAAUGCACACGCCGAAGUGGCAGAUCUAGCCAAGCACUCCUCAGUGCCUGUCAUCAACGCGCUGUCUGCGGAUUUCCACCCCCUGCAGACCAUCGCUGAUUUCGUCACGAUCCAAGAGACGUUCGGCAAGGAGAAAGUACAAGGAUUGAAGGUUGCUUGGGUGGGCGAUGCGAAUAAUGUGCUGUUCGAUCUGGCGAUUGGGUGUUUGAAGAUGGGGGUUGAUAUCGCUGUUGCUGCGCCGGCUGGUUAUACGAUUCCCGCUGCCAUGAAACAGCUGAUUCUCGCGUCUGCGCCAGAAGGCUCUACUGCCAAGCUCACCGAGACCAAUGUACCCGAAGAGGCAAUCAAGGAUUCUAAUAUCCUUGUCACGGAUACGUGGAUUAGUAUGGGGCAGGAAGAGGAGAGUGCUAAGCGUCUGAAAGCUUUCGCUGGUUACCAGAUCACGGAAGAGCUUGCCAAGAGAGGGGGAGCGAAGGAUGGCUGGCGGUUUAUGCAUUGUCUGCCUAGACAUAGCGAGGAGGUUGAUGACGAGGUCUUUUAUGGGAAGAGGAGCUUGGUGUUUCCCGAGGCGGAGAAUAGGCUGUGGGCUGCUAUCUCUGCGUUGGAGGGGUUUGUUGUCAAUAAGGGGAAGAUUGUCUGA